AGCUCGAACAAAAUCAUGAUUCUAAUCAUAAUACCAAGUUAUAUUGGUAGAUACAAGUUACAAAAAAGUUAAUCAUGAUCGGACUUAUUUGUUUGAUUAUUGUUAAUUCAAUUUUCCAAUGUUCGGGAAAAAUUAUUUCCUUGAAUUCUAGUGAUUGGAAUCUAAAAGAUGAUUCUGGACAAUAUGUAAUCGAUGGCGCUACUGUUCCUGGUGGAUUGUAUACAGAGCUUGUUGAUCAUGGAAUCAUUGGUGAUCCAAACUAUGGUUAUGAUGAUUACAACCAACGUGUUUGGUCCAAGAAAUUGUGGACAUGGACAAGAAAUUUCGAUGUCAGCAGUGAUGAUCUUAAAUCUUCCAAUGAAAUUUACCUCGUUGCUCAUGGUAUUGACACUGUUUCAAAGGUCUACAUCAAUGAUCAAGUUGUUGGGGACACCAACAAUAUGUUCAGACGAUAUCGAUUCAAGGUUAAUGAUAAACUAAAGGCUGGCUCAAACAGUAUCAAGAUUGAGGUAUACAAUCCCUACGCUUAUGCUCAAGAGCAAUACAAUAAAUUCAAGGGUCAAUAUGGUUACGAUAUGGUUCCUCAAUGUUUCCCUGAUGGUUCAGAUUAUGGUGAAUGUCAUGCUAGCUUUAUCCGAAAGAUGAUGUGGGGAUGGGGACCUGCUUUCCGUACCAGUGGUAUUUACUUGCCUGUUGAAAUUGAGAUUAUCGAAUCCACAAAUAAAUUGGAAAACUUCUGGACUACAAUUACAUCAUUAGAUGAAAAUAAAUGGUCUGUUGACUUGAGUUUAGCUUUAUCUCGACCAGAGUCUGGUAAACAAGUCAAUGUUGAAGUUACCCUUUCAACUAAUGAUCCCAACUACGAAAAGGAGUUGACUAUUUACAGUGGAUCCAUCAAUACUGAUUCAUCUACCGAUACUUAUCGUAUUUCUAGCAUUCCUGUUGAAAAAUCUCGUGUUGGUAAAUGGUGGCCAAAUGGAGCUACAUAUGUGCAAAACAAUCAAAUUGUAGCUCGACCUCGUACCUUGUACAAUGUUAAAGUUACUCUUAAGCCAUCAGAUGGAUCUAAGCAACAAUCAAUGGUAAAAAGAACUGGAUUCAGGGAAAUUAAAUUGAUCCAAGAGAUUCCAAAGGUAGAUGGAAAAGAUUACCCUGGACUUUCAUUCCGAUUCGAAGUAAAUGGAGAACCUUUCUAUAUCAAGGGAUCUAACUUCUACCCAACAUCAGUCCACACUGAGAAUGAAAACCGAGACAAGGAUUACGUUAAGAAGACUUUACAAGCCGCUGUUGACUCUCAACAAAACAUGCUUCGUAUCUGGGGUGGAGGAAUCUAUCAAACUGAUUACUUUUACGAUUUAGCUGAUGAAAUGGGUCUUCUUAUAUGGCAAGAUUUCAUGUUUGUUUGUGCUACUUAUCCUACUGAUCCAGAGUUUUUGGAUAAUGUUAAGGUUGAAGUUGAACAACAAGUUACCAGAUUGGCUCAUCAUCCAAGUAUUGCUAUCUGGUCUGGAAGCAACGAAAAUGAAUUGGCCAUUGGUACACAUUGGUGGUGGCCCAGAUUGGAAGAUAAAUACUCAACCUAUGUUGAAGACUUUAAGAAGUUGUACACAGAAACCAUAAAAACAAUUGUUUUUAAAUAUGACACCACUCGUCCAUAUGUUGUUUCAAGUCCAUCCAAUGGAGCUUUCACUGAACAAAAUGGAGGUUUCUCGAGUAACGCUGAUGAUCAUUUCUAUGGUGAUAUUCACUUCUAUUACCAUGAAGCUGAUGCUUGGGAACAAAAGAAUUACCCUGCUGCUCGAUUCAUCUCAGAAUUUGGUUUCGAAUCAUUGCCAUCUUAUGAAUCGUAUGCUACAUCAGUUCCCGAAUCCGAGCUUGUCUAUCCUUUCAGUGGAUGGUUAGAGCAUCGAGCUAGUGGUGAUCGUCUUAAGGAAAUUGAGACAAUGGUUGACUAUUAUAUGGGAAAACCAACUGAAACUGGUAAAAAUGGUUAUCUCAAGAUGACUUAUUUAUCUCAAAUUCUUCAAGCUGUUGCUAAUAAGCGUGAAAUGGAAUUUUUCCUUCGAAAUCGUGAAAUCAAUACUGCUGAUGGAUCUGGGUUUACUUGGGGUGCCAUGUAUUGGAUCUUCAAUGAUAUUUGGGUUGCUUCUGGUUGGUCAACCAUUGAAUUUGGAACUGCUAAAUGGAAGAUGGCUCAAUAUUUCCUCAGAGAUUCAUACAAGCCUGUAUUUGGACAACUUUAUACAGAAAAUGAUCAAUUGAAAGCUGUUAUUAAUAACGAUGUUUCUGGUAAAGUCAACGUUGCCGUUACUAUUAAUGUUCAUCAACUUGAUUCAUUCAACAAACAAACAAUUGCAGACCAAACUAAUGAUGUUGACAGUUUCAAAGCCACCGUGGUUUAUGAUAAAAAAUUGAGUGAAGCUGUUAGUUCUGAUUUGAAGAACUGUGUUGUUGAACUUAAAUACAACACUGUCCAAUCAUCAGUAGCUGAUUUCAAUUCUGGUGAAAAUUUCCUUCUAUUGGCCAAGCCCAAGGAAUUGAACCUUAAACAAAGUAACAUUAAGAUCAAUGAUGUUUCAAAAGACGACAGCGAUGCUGGCAAAAAAUCACUCAGCAGUUAUUCAAACAUUUAUAAAAUCAAUUUAUCCACCGAUUAUCCAGCUUUAUUCGUUUGGCUUGAUUUCAAGGUAGGAUCUGGAAUUGAUGGAGUCUUCUCAACUAAUGGAUUCAACAUGCUUGACUCAUCUAAAGAAGUAUUCUUUGGAACUAACAAACAAAUCUCGGUCGACGAUAUCAAAAACUUAUUGACUGUCACUCAUCUUAAAGAAAAUAUUAACUAAACUAUGAUUUUAUCGUUUUAUGUGUCUAUCCACCAUAAGGUGAACGAAAAGCAUGAUAUUAUCAUCUUGAGUCUUCAAUAAAAUUCAUUUGAAAAGUAAA